AUGGCAGAACCCUUAUCUACCGUCGCGAGUGGUAUAGCUGUACUGAGCAUCGCUGUCCAGCUGGCCGAAAGCGUCAAAUCGCUCUGCGAUUUCUGGACCUCCAUCAAAGAAGCCCCGGAAGAUAUCCAGGCGAUUUCCACCGACUUGGACCUCCUGUCGAGCGUUCUCACCCGCAUCGCCUACGAGACGCAACACGUUGAGCCCGACGCAACCUUGGUGGCCACCCUGAAUGGUUGCUGGAUCAAGGUCAAAAUACUCACUACACUCCUCAAUGAGAUAGAACCGGGCUUUGCUUCAACGAGGUCAAGGGUCCGCAAAUGGACUGCUUUUAGGGCCGUCUUGAAACAUGGACAGUUGAUGAAAUUUCAGGCAGCCUUGGAGAGGCUGAAAGGCACAUUGUUGCUGGUGCAACAAUAUCAGUACAGUCGCUUGAGUCGAAACCGUCAUAUCUCCCUAGAACGGAGCUUGAUGAACAUUACUCAAAGUGUUUCCAGCUUGAGUAUACAGCAGCAAUCAGAAACAGCGGGAAGACUUCCAAGCGCGGUCUCGGACGUUCAUGCCAAUUCUGCUGGAUUUCGUGCUGAAGAAUGGGAUGCCGCAAAGUCUUUUGCGGCAGAUUCACAACCUACUCAAAACGACCCUUCUAUUUCGGGUGAAUUUUGGCGAAGACAGGCAUGGGUCAAAAGCACUUGGAGAAUGGAAAAGUCCACCAUGGAAUACUUCCUAGGCACCGUCCGAGCAGAUUCAAAUAUACAACUACAGAUACCAAGAGAAAGGCAUGGUCUGACGCCUUACGAACGAGAUCAAUGCGAGCAUGAGACCUCAUAUACCAUCUAUCCGGCUACAUGGUUGGUUCGUAUGGGAGUUCAUUAUGGCCUCCGUCUCAAGUUUCUCUCCUCCUCUACUCAGGGGUGGCAAACCACGCUGAAGGCCUUUUGCCCGGUACCUGACGACGCUGUGAUCUUUGAAUUCUGCAGACAGGGGAAUUUACCUGCGGUCAGGAGAUACACACCUCUUCAUUUUGCUGCACAGAACUACCACCCAGAGCUUUGCAAAGUCCUUAAGAGUGCUGGAGCAGACGUAAGUACACUCACGCACAAUGCAGAGACCCCAAUGGAAGUCGCAGCAGACGGUUUAUGGGAUACCACCUACGCCACGCUAUCAGAAGUUUUUGACACUCUUCGCCUUCUAACGGAUUCGAUGGAUUUCUCAGACGAAAAUGGCGAUGGCUGGGGAGUCUUGCGGACGCUUUUUGACACUGCCCGCGACAUACUUUGUCGCGGAACAAUUCGCAGCUCUCUUAAGCUGGACCCUAUUUCCAGGUUCUCGGCCGUACAAGAAGCGUCUGACCUGCUUCUGAACCUGGGUGAUGCAGAAACUAUCAAUGCAGGCAUUCAGUUUAGAGAUGGAUAUACCAUACUUCACGACUUUGUAGCAUAUGCUUAUCCAGUGAGCACAGUGCUUGCAAAAGGCCCAGAUCUCCAUCGGCGUGUCCUCGACUACGAUUACACGCCGCAGGAAGAGUCACCGACAUCACUUGCAAUGUACUCGUCGUGGGCAUUUACGGAAUGGCUGCGUGGAUUAGUCACUAUUAAGGUGAAGUUUGAGGAAUUCAUAGAUGAAGAACUAAAGAGGAACCCUUUGGUGCACACUGGCUGGGAGAAGGAGACUCUACAUGACUUGUUCGCAUAUCAUCAUCGACCUGACCUCGAUGUUGAAGGCUAUACUUGCAGCGAUUGCACCAAGCCUAUUUCCUAUAACGCAGUACAGCCUCAUUGGCGACAUAUGCUUGAAAGGAUCAAGCAAAGAAUAGACCCUGAUGGUCCGGGCCAGACUGAUUCACAAGUGGGUGAAAAGGAGAACACAGACGUCAGGAAAAUCGCAGAAACCGCAAGUAGCUCGGAUGAUCCGACUCAUGAGCCUGAUAUGACUGGGAACGUCUUGCUUGUUGAUUCCAAUGAGCUUUUCUCGGAAUCGGACUCGAAAUCGGAAUCGGAACUGGAAGAAGAUGUCCACGGGUACCCAGCGAUGGUACCAAUUCGAUCGGACUGCGUGUAUGCCCCCAACGAAGUGAUAUGCGUUGACUGUUGGCUUCACUAUAGGAAGACUGGGACUCGCAGGCCGCCACUCCCCUGGAAACGGCGUUUCGCGAUAGGCUCUGACGAUGAUGCCUCGUUGGACGAGUACUCGUCUUCUGGAGAUGAGUCGUCAGAGGAUGAAUUCUCUCCUUACCACAUCCACUCAUAG